GAGCAGAGGACAGUAUUUCCUAUGUAAUGUUAUUUCCAUGCAGGUCCAGCUCCGUGUCCUUUAAACAGACAACGUGUCCGGGUCUACAGUCAGAAUCAGUGUUCGUGAGUGUGCAACUAUUGACAGUAAUUUGUUGAAUUAAUGUGGCGGUUAGGUCAAUCUAAGAGUGUUUUCAGCUGAGAGAAAAGGGAACUGACGUGCGUCUCCUGCCUCUCUCCAGCACCGGGAUUCGUCGUGUCGAUUUGUUUGUUUAUUUCGCUCUGCGGCGCGUGCCUUGUGCUGCUGAUGCCGCGCGCUUCCCAGUGACAAAAAGCCGCUCUGCAGUUUGACCAAUCAAAGCGCUUAUCAGACUUUAUCUCUGUGGCGAACAAGUUCCACAGUCUCAUGCCUGUCACAUUUUUGCCAGUGCGUCAAAAGAAGAGAUGAUACCGGGUUCAGAGCGCCCCUCCUGCGGUCCCAAGGUCUCUCUUGUGGAAUCCCCGCUGGACCUUUAAAAGUAAACAUGCCGUGUAACGCCAGGGUCCUGCUUCUUCUUUUUCUGUCUUUGAUUCUAAUGGCCGAGUCUCGGAAGCUGGGAAGCAGGAGAAAGCGGUGGUCCGAGCCGGAGGAGACUCUCAAACCAGGAAAGACCCUGGGGGAAACACCUGAUGCUGUAGUUCUUGUUGGGAAGACAGGCUUGGAGGCUGGCAUGGUGAACGGUCCUCUGUCAAGGAAGAUCAUCGAUGGCACCAAAACACGAAAGCUGAAAACCAGUCACCUUCUGCGUGUGGACGAACACGACUUCACCAUGAGGCCAGCAUUCGCAGGUCCGGCUGUCCCAGUUGGAGUGGAUGUUCAGGUGGAGAGUUUGGACAGCAUAUCUGAAGUUGACAUGGUAUGCUGCUUGAAUGUUUGAAUGACUUGUAGUGCAACCAGUUUCACACUAUCUGGUCAGUCAAGGGCAGGUGAAAAUUUCACCUGCAGCAGAUAAUUACAAAUAAGAAAAACAAGUCAGAUUCAACAUAACUGAUGUUAUUAGAUGAGAAAGAUUGGAAGUUUGAAACAAAUGACCUCUGCUGCAACACAGGCACAGGAUGCUGUUCAGAUGCUGCAGCUAAUGAGUCGGCGCAGGAAUAUUUUUCUAACAGCAUGUAAACAAAUGCUUGACUGCCAAACAAAUUCUCUGCCACACUGUAAAAAAAGUCAGUAAAUUUACGGUAACAAACGGUAAAAGACCAACAGUUUUUGACCGUAAUAUCCAAAAACAUUUCAUUACCGUAGAAAUUACAUGGAACUACCGUAAGUCGAAACUG